UAUAACACAGGAAUAAAAGUUAAUAGGCUUUAUGUACUGCCUCUCAUGUCUCUCUCUCUCUCUUUCACUGCCUGUCCUUCUUUUUCCACUUGUUCCCACUUGCACUGCAUGUUUUGUUUAAGCUCCGCUCCAUGGCUGGUACAAGCUGAAGCAUUUACAACAUAAAUAUUGGCAGUGAAAGUCUAUACUGAUAUCCAACUGCGGUGCCGGAAAAGGCUUAGAGGAAAUUAUCAUGGCUGACCGUUUUGACUGUGACAAUUGCAAAGAAUCCCUGUAUGGCCGCAAGUACAUCCAGUCAGAGGACAGUCCGUACUGCAUCCCCUGUUAUGACACCCUGUUCUCAAACACAUGUGAUGAGUGCAAAGAGCUCAUUGGCCAUGAUGCAAGGGAGCUCUUUUAUGAGGACCGGCAUUAUCAUGAACACUGCUUCCGCUGUUUCCGCUGCGAUCGCUCGUUGGCAGAUGAGCCCUUCACCAGCCAGGAUGACGCAUUGCUCUGCAAUGACUGCUACUGUAAUGAAUUCUCAUCCAAGUGCGUAGCCUGCGACAAGAUCGUUAUGCCAGGUACAAGAAAGUUGGAGUAUGCAGGCUCUACAUGGCAUGAGGGCUGCUUCAUCUGUCACAGCUGUGAGCAGCCGAUUGGCUCAAAGUCCUUUAUUCCCGACAAGGAUGAGCACUACUGUGUGCCCUGCUAUGAGGAAAAGUUUGCUCCACGCUGCACACGCUGUAAAAAGACCCUGGCUAAAGGUGGUGUGACCUAUCGGGAUGAGCCGUGGCAUAAGGAGUGCUUUGUGUGCACCAGCUGUAAGACACAGCUGGCGGGUCAACACUUCACCUCCAGAGACGAUAGCCCGUACUGCCUCAAGUGCUUUGGCAGCCUGUACGCCAAAAAGUGUGAGGCCUGCAGCAAACCCAUCACAGGUUUUGGAGGAGGAAAGUAUAUCUCAUUUGAGGAUCGCCAGUGGCAUCAGCCGUGCUUUACCUGCUCCCAGUGCUCCAUUUCACUGGUGGGCACCGGCUUCUUCCCUGAUGGUGACAGGAUCCUGUGCCGGGACUGCCACAGCAACUUAUAGAGCAGUUAUUUACCCUAUUCUCAUCCUUCCCUUGACUUACUUUUCACUCUUUGUCACUGCAUUUCAAGACCCCAACCAAGCUCAUUACUGAGGACAGUAACACAGGCUAACAAUGUUGCCUCUCAGGUCAUUUUUACAUGAAAACAACUUUCUCUUUGUCCCCGUCUGUAUUACAUUUUCAUAUAGGAGCUAGUCAUCAAAAUCAUUUUUGGAUCCAUGCGCUGCAUCCAUGAUGAUUUCCUCUUCAACCAAAGGGCUAAAUGGAGUGCCUUAAGAACAACAUUCUCACAUGUAGUGUACUAUCGAACCAAAGAAAUGCAAAAUGCUAGUCACUUUGCAAAAGAUUUCUUUGUAUUUUAUGUAAAUUAAUUGUCACUUGAGGUAGAGGUCAGGCUCUGAAGAGAAGACAAGACACUGACACAGUAUAGUAUAUAAACCUUACAGUCGGCAGUUUCAAAAUAUUGUGUAGUUACUGUUCUAAUGCUCUUAUAACUGCAUUUUUAUGCAUUCUGAAUGUUGCUUUUUUCACGUCAGUUAUCUUUCUAUAAUGUGUCCUGCUUUAUGUAUCUUAAACAUGUUACUGUAUAUAAUGACAUAAAAGGAGGUGUGACAGAACAAAUUUGAUCAAUUCUAUUAAAUUAAAAUAUGCCAAAGUCAAAACAAGAGGAACAUUCAGAAAAAAAAACUGACUGUGCUUUCAGUGGGAUAGUUACUUUUUGAUAGAAAGUAUCAAUAAAAUCAUUUGCACUUUGGAAAAAAUAUUCUCUUGCUACCAUAUAUGUGCACAUUAUAACACAAUUGCCAUCAUGUAUCUACUUUGAACUUUGCCGUGACACUGAUUUUACAUAAAGUUUCAUCUUAUUUCUUUUUCAUUUGUUGUAAUGAAUCUUUGUAUCACCUUUGCUCAAAGAGCCAGCAUUUAUAACCUAAAAGAAGCUGAAAUGAUAUGAAUUAUUAUUGUGUAUUGCAGGAGUAUGCAUGUCUUUAUCUGCUAUGAUUUUUCUCUAUUUUAUUUCUGUUAAUGCUGUUAGUGUUUUGUUUCUUAUUGAUAGUUUUUAACUUGUAUGUGAAAAAGUAUUAAAAACUAUGUUUCAUUAUUUCAGCUUUGAUGCUGGUGAGUCAAGGUUGGCAAAUAUACAUUUUAAGAUGGAAAAGAGGCCAUCAAGGUAAUAACAAUAUGAACAUAUUGUAAAAAAGAUGAUGAUUGAUAUGAAUAAAUGCUACAGUGGUGAGUCUUAUUUGUGAAGCCUUAUUGAAUAAAUU